CAACAAAGUUGUUAUUAUUGUUUGUUUGUUAAAGAAUGGAGCAUUUUCUGAAAGGACUGCCCAAAGUAGAGCUUCAUGCUCACCUUAACGGUUCCCUGGGAAUCAAUAGCUUACGUGAUCUUGCCGAGCACUUGUACGGAUCCGCUUCUCCGGAAUUUUUGGAACUGUGCGCGCGCUUCAUUCGGUUUGAAAAGGAUUCGGACUUGGACGCCUGCUUUGCAAAGUUUGCCUUCGUGCACGAGUUGACUUCCACGGCGGAGGGUCUGCGAUAUGCCACGGAGCUUGUGGUGCGGGAUUUUGCCCAGGACAACGUGCAAUAUGUGGAAUUGAGAACGACUCCAAAAGCGAAUGAAAGCUAUUCGCGGAGGGAUUACCUGCAGCACGUGAUCAAGGCAAUUGAGGGUGCCAAAGAAAAGUACACGGGUAUAUUGGUCAAGCUACUACCCUCAAUUAAUCGAGCGGAGCCCGUGGAAGUGGCAGAGGAAACCGUUUCUUUGGCUGUGGAAAUGUCCAAAUCCCAUCCAGAUGUCAUCUUAGGGAUUGAUUUUAGCGGCAACCCAGCCAAAGGAAAAUUUUUGGAAUUUCGUUGCAUUCUUUCGCAGGCUGUUCAAAACGGUUUGAAGCUUGUAUUACAUUGUGCGGAGAUCGACAAUCCUUCGGAGGUUAAGGAAAUGCUAGAGUUUGGAAUGUCGCGCUGUGGACAUGGUACCUUUUUGAACGCCAAGGACAUUAUGUAUCUCAAAAAUAACAACAUACCAAUCGAGUGCUGCCUAACUAGCAACGUCAAAUCCGGAACAGUGCCCAGUUUAAAGGAGCACCACUUAAAGAGAAUCAUGGAAGCCGAGGCACCUAAGGUCAUCUGCACAGACGACAGCGGAGUCUUUGACACUACGUUGACGAAGGAGUUUCUGCUGGCCGCGGAAACCUUCGGACUUAUCCGGAGGCAAUGUAUUGCCCUGACUUUGGAGGCAGUGCAGCAUUCCUUCGCCAAUAAACGAGAAAAACAGUUAAUGGCAGAGAAAGUGAACAGCUACGCGGCACAACAUUUGUGUUAAUCCUCCUAUGUUUUUUUUUAUUAUGAGAUUAUAAAAUAAUCGCAAAAACGAAAAAGGAAGCUAGCUUU